UCACAGGCUGGACACACGCUGAUGUCGGAGCAGAGCGCAGGCUUUCACGGAGCCGUUAACAGAGAGAGGCACACAGCAAAGAGGAGCGGUGCUGCAGGAGGUGGCAUGCCAUGAACGGUCUCUUUGAGAAUCAAGAGCGCGCUACUUUUUAUUUGUUAUUUUGUUACUUUUGUGCCUCGGUAAAAAGCAGCUGCGGACUGGGGUUUACAAGGCUUUGAAAGCUGUUACCGUGGACUUUAGCGGGCUUCUGCAAAAGCCCCUGCGGGAGAAACAGCCAACCCUCGUGUGCGCAAAAUCCGCGGGGACGCAGAGACGGGGAGAUACCGGGACAGGAGAGCCCCUGAGUCAGAAGUUGGCGCACCCUGGAACCGCUGUCCAGACACUCCGAAGCGCAGAUAUAACCCCUUGAAGCCUCCCAGCUGCGGAGCGCACUCAGUGCUGAUCAAGGAGUUUGUUUGUUCGCCGUUUUUUGGAUGCGGUUCGGUGGCAUUGCUCCGCUAAAUGGACAGAGUUAAAAGGGCUGCGCUUAUAAUGUAUUCAGAAUUUUCUCAAUGACAUGUAGUUGGCGCACAGUUUUGUCCACCUGUGGUUUAAUAAACAUCGUGGGAUUUUUACAAAAGCGGUUUAGUUUUCACUGCUGCCGGCGCUUUUUGGUCCCGAACGGCUGUGGAUUUUUUAGAGGAACAGCAGCAUUUCUGUCCUACGAGGAGGAAACAUUAGAUACUUAAAGCUCUCCACAAGUUUUUUUCCCUUUCUUUUUGUGUCAUCCAAGAUGGAUUUUGUGUUAUCGUUGAUUGGAUUUUUAAUGGCAGUGUGCCAUGUGGCACUAAGAGUCAAAGGACAAGACGUGCCCGAGUGCGGAGGUUUCUUAGAUGCCAGCAAGGCCGGUUACAUCACCUCCCCCGGUUAUCCUCUGGAGUACCCCCCUCACCAGAGCUGCCACUGGAUCAUCACUGCGCCAGAGCCCUCGCAGCGCAUCGUCCUCAACUUCAACCCUCACUUCGAGAUCGAGAGGCUCGACUGCAAAUAUGACUUCAUAGAGAUCCGUGAUGGGACUUCAGACACGGCCGAUGUUUUGGGGCGGCACUGCAGCAACAUCGCCCCAGCUCCGAUUAUCUCAUCUGGGCCAUCCCUCCAAAUCAAAUUUGUCUCUGACUACGCCCAUCAAGGGGCGGGCUUCUCUCUGCGCUACGAGAUAUUCAAAACAGGGUCGGAAUUCUGCUUCCGCAAUUUCACCAGCCCCUCCGGCAUGAUCGAGUCCCCGGGUUUCCCAGAUAAAUACCCUCACAAUCUGGAAUGCUCCUACAUGAUCAUCGCCCCGCCCCACAUGGACAUUACCCUCACCUUCCUGACCUUCGACCUUGAGAACGACCCCCUGCUGGUUGGAGAGGGCGACUGCAAGUACGACUGGCUGGACGUGUGGGAUGGCCUGCCACAAGUGGCUCCUCUGAUUGGCCGAUACUGCGGGACAAAGAUCCCGCCUGAGAUCCAGUCAUCCUCCGGCCUGCUGUCCCUCUCCUUCCACACCGACAUGGCCGUAGCCAAAGACGGUUUCUCGGCCCGCUACAACAUGACACACAAAGAAGUCUCCGACUCCUUUCACUGCAGCAUGGCGCUCGGCAUGGAGUCGGGGAAGAUCAGCGACGACCAAAUCACGGCUUCAACGUCGUUUUAUGACAACCGCUGGUUACCGCGGCAGGCUCGCCUCAACAACGAUGACAACGCUUGGACACCAGCAGAGGACAGCAACAAGGAAUACAUACAGGUGGACCUUCAUUUCCUCAAGGUUUUGACUGGCAUUGCCACACAGGGUGCCAUAUCCAAGGAAACUCAGAAGUCCUACUAUGUCACAACCUUCAAACUGGAGGUCAGCACCAAUGGGGAGGACUGGAUGGUGUACCGCCACGGCAAGAACCACAAGAUUUUCCACGCUAACACAGACCCGGCCGAGGUGGUUCUGAACCGCGUCCCGCAGCCAGUCCUGGCCCGGUUCGUUCGGAUCCGACCGCAGACCUGGAAGAAUGGCAUCGCCCUUCGCUUUGAGCUCUACGGAUGCCAGAUUACAGAUGCCCCGUGUUCAGACCUGCAGGGGCUGAUGUCCGGCCUGCUCCCCGAUGCCCAGAUCUCAACCUCAUCCAGCAGGGAUGUGGUGUGGAAUCCCGGGACCGCCCGUCUCGUGGCCAGCCGCUCCGGCUGGUUCCCAGCCCCUGUGCAACCGCUGGCUGGAGAGGAGUGGCUACAGGUGGACCUAGGUGUGCCCAAGACAGUACGCGGAGUCAUCACCCAGGGAGCAAGGGGAGGAGAAGCAGGUAGUGGAGCUGCCACAGAAAACCGGGCGUUUGUCCGGAAGUACAAAGUGGCACACAGCCAGAAUGGGAAAGAGUGGAAUUUCAUCAUGGAUAGCAAGACUAGCUUACCAAAGAUUUUUGAGGGGAACACACACUAUGACACUCCAGAGCUCCGUCAUUUUGAAGAGACAGUGGCACAGUAUGUCCGGCUCUAUCCGGAGAGAUGGUCUCCAGCAGGCAUUGGGAUGAGGGUGGAGAUACUGGGCUGUGACCUUCCAGAAACCUCCACCCCUGCAGACAUCACCACGCCCACUCUGCCAGCUGACAUCGACACCUCCACGCUCCCCGUCACGACUGCAGUGGCCACCUCUCCACCAUCAGACGCUGUGUGUGACUUUGACCACGGCCUGUGCGGGUGGACGCACGACCCCAAUGCCCCGCUGCUCUGGUCCCUGCACAGCAACGAGCUCAACAGCUAUCUGUACAUGGACGCAAGCCUAAAGACAGAGCAGCAGCGAGCUCGGCUCGUGAGCCCCGUGGUGGCUGCUGACACUGGGCCCCUGUGCCUCCUCUUCUCUUACCAGAUAUGGGGGGAGGCCCAAGGCCACCUCAGGGUCCUGCUACGGGAUGCCCACAAUGAAGAGACUGUCCUUUGGACACUGAAAGACGAUCAGGGCCCCGUCUGGAAGGAGGGUCGUACGAUACUGCCUCGAUCUCCUAAAGACUUUCAGGUUGUGAUGGAGGGUUACUUUGUGCACGGCACCAGAGGACACAUCUGGAUAGACAACAUCCACAUGAGCUCGACCACCCCUCUGAAGGAGUGUACACAACCCUUCGCGGCUUUUUCUCCCGAAAAUCCAGGGGGAGGCGUUCCUGUGCCUCCCUUGCCCAUCCACUGGUAUUACAUUAUGGCUGCCGGGGGCGCCCUCCUUCUGCUGGCAGUGGCCAUCUUGGUCAGAGCCCUCUGUUGCUGUCGACAACACCUGGCCACCAAGAAGAGCCAGCUGUCUGUGGCCUAUCACAGCUCUUCGCAGUGCUUCCAGUAUUCUAACUGGUCCUCCAGUAUGGCCACCCCAGGGGUGGAGCCGGUCCUGACGGUGAGGUUGGACAGCCGCGACCGACACCGUACCCUCUGCUAAAGAGAAGCGCUUAUAGCUGCAUUGUAUUUGGCAGAGGACGAUGCCAAACCGUGAUGCCGAUGGCAGCGAGAGUCACGAUGCAGCAAGAUCGACGACCCCUCACUGCUUCAGUUUACAGCCGCAAUGGCGACGACAAAGACAUUGUCCUAAAUUGCUGAGUGAAAUUUUUUGCAAAGGAACACUGUGGUCUCUCUCUCUCUCUCUCUCUCUCUCCCUCUCUCUGUCUCUCUCUCUAAUGGAUGUAGCUUCGGUUGCUGUUUUCUUCUCUCUUCCAUUAAGGAGUUUGCUGUUGACAUUUCACACUAUGCUGCUCCUGAUGAGAGGACUGAAGUCUGAGUAAGUUAUUUAUCGGAACAGCUUGAUUCAGACCAUUGAGUACCGUCUGGCUCCUCAUAACCCCAACGGUCCUUUUGGAAUGACCCCAGCAUGGACAUACACACAGGCAAUGCGAGGGCCUGGGAAGAGAAGUCGGGGAGGGGGGAUUGAGCUGGUUCCACUGCAAAAAGCCAGCCGGAGCUGCCAAACCACGAGGCUAAAACAAGACCCCAGAGACAUGAGGAACCCUGCAGUGCUGAGCGAGAGAGGAUGGGGAGAGGGGGUGGUGGUGGUGGAGGAACUGUGCUAGCUGUGGAAAUGAUCUGGCAAGGCCCAGAAAAUAAAGCUCUUGGUAUCUCUGUAAUAACACCACAGGAUCGCUGCAAUAUGAGUUGUGCCAAUAGUGAGGGUGUUUGUAAGAGAGGAUGAAAAAGAAAAAAAAAAAAUGUUUCCAUUGUCCUUUUCAACAAAGCAUGUGCACAUUUAAAGACAAAGGAAUGCAAAUCCGUCAUACUUAAAGUCCUGCAUCGCAAAUGGAGAUAAACCAGCUCGUUUGAUUGAACGUCUCAUCUUCUCCCGAUAAAGGCAUCAGUCGGUGAUGGAUGCAGCCGUCUUCAGUGUUUAGUGUCUCAUCUUGAUUCUCUGGUGUAAUAAAGCACGUUGUUCCACUCCCAUUCAUGCUUCAUACCACCCACUCCAGUUGUUCUCCAUGUCUUUGAGCUGCCCAGAUGAAAGCCAUGCCGAAGCGAGCCUUGUCGUGUUUUCAGGGUGAAUAUGUGCUUGUUGUUUUUAGGGUUGUAAAUAGACACAUCUGUCUGCCAUCGCUGCUUCAUCCCUUGAUUUAUACUCCUACAAAUCCCACAAUGCCGCUGGACCAGCUGGAAGCCAUAAGUGAAGUGUUUUGCUGUAUGUGUUCACCCUUGAGAAGGGAGCCAAGAUAUUAUAAAAACCAGAGCAGAGUUUCAGCUAUUCAGGGUUUUCCCUUUAGUGCCAUAAGACGCCGUUAUUGGCCGGUAACAUAAAAUUAGACACAGCUAAUGCACUCCUCGCUAACAUUUAACGCAUACGGGAUCUAAAAGCCCGUUUUAUUGUGAAAUUGUCACCGAGAUAGACGCAUUGGGCGGCAAUUUUUCUCUCAUCAGUUGGUGCAGAGGUGAUGAGAUUUGACACGAGCUCAAUUUAACACCCUGGAUUGACUGAAAUUGAGGUCUUCACUCUGUAGCUUAACAGGGCGUGCUUUCGUGGUCUGUCACUGCUGCAAAAAUCUAUCACCUACAAGCCCCGCAGCUCAGCAGAAAUGCACCUCAAUUUGUUUUCACAAUUUAUAAGCUGCACUUUUCUCUCCAGAGAGAAAAAAAAAAGUGUUAUUUUGGCACACUAUGACCAUGUGCUUUUAAAUCAACUUGGGGGGGUGGGAUUGGACACCCUACUCGAGCCAUCUCAACACCAUUAUGCUCCAAGCCUCUAAUAGUUGUAAUUAGUUAAUGGACAGAUAACAUUUAUUAAGGCUGCGGUAAGCACUUUUCCCUCCAAUCUACCGCACCUCGAUUGCCCGAUCCUCUGCCAACUACAGUUGCCCUGGAAACAGUAUUAAUAAUGCCACCGGCCAUCAGAGACCUCCAGAUCUAGAUGUGUGCCUUGCCAAGCAGUUACUCCCACUCCUGAACGCUUGCCAGAAGCGGCGAACACACACUGACACACAUGGACACAAAUGCACACAAAGUUAAAAGAAAACUCAUCUAAAGUAUAAGUACUCUCGAGCUGUUGGGCUCGACUAAAGUGCUGCAGGCAUGGCUAGUUUUUUUUUUUUUUUUUUGCCACACUUGUAAUCUUCCAAACUCAGGCGCUCACAUCCAUGUGAGUUUUCAGUCCACACCACCUGGCAGAAUCGCUGCUUUCGCAGAAAGCACGACUACCGCGGGCAACUGCUGCCAUUUGUCUCCAUUGUUUCUGUUUUUUUGUUUUUUAAUCAUGUAAUACACCAGUUGUAACAGCGCUGAUGACUUCAGCAGCGAUAAUGAUGGGAGUUGUUAAUUAUUUGAUGACAUGUUUGCAUUGU